AGUACGGAGCUGUCAUUCUCCGCGGGAUAAAGCGAGUGGUUGCUGCACGGUUAUACCUUCCCCCUUCUCUUUCGCACGGGCAUCGUCCUCCUUCGCUCAAUCUUCAAUUUGUUUCUUCAUCCCUUAACCCCCUCCCUUCCCGAAUUAAGUUCCCCGACCCGGUCUUUAAGUAAACAACAAACUUUUAGUUUUGUUUUUUUUCUCUCUCUCUCUCCAACGACGAUGGACAUGUACAAAGUUACCCUGGAAGGACCGGCUCCGUGGGGGUUUAGACUGCAGGGAGGAAAGGACUUCAACAUGCCUUUAACCAUGUCUAGGGUCACACCAGGUGGUAAGGCAGACCAAGCAAAUAUCGGGGUAGGAGAUACUGUUUUAUCCAUUGAUGGAGAAAAUACUGAAGGAAUGACUCAUCUGGAAGCACAGAACAAGAUCAAGGCCUGUGCAGGGAUCUUGAAACUUUCCCUGGGGAAAGCUCAUCGUUCCUCUGGCAGCGGUGAUGAGAAGGGUUUUAAAUUUGCUGCGUCUUCAGUUCCGAAGUAUUCGUUUGACUCCAGCAUGCCAUUGAAUAAGACAGCCAGACCUUUUGGUGCCGUAACAAUGGAAAGUUCAAAUUCAGGGACACCAAUAAAGUCAGUGAGCUACAAACCUGUUUCAUUGUACACUCCACCUUCUGCUUUGCCCAGUAGUGCACCUGCAAACCAGACACAGCUAAAAUAUGGCUCAGCCACAGAAAAACGCAGCUCAGUUGCAUCUACACUGCGGCAUCCCAAUGGCCCUGGGACAGGUGCUGCAGAGAAUACAUUUGAUCUAGCUUCUGCUCUUGAGCCCCCCUCCAACAUCUUUGAAGAUCCAGGGAAACCUGACCCAAGGGAUGCUCCAGUUCCUUCUGCUCCACGUUGUAGACCACCUUGGGUGGUGGAUGAUUCCUUUGCAGAGAAAUAUGCACCAAACAAAACUACCACCAUAAUGACUAAAUACACGCAGCCUGCUCAACCAACCCCUCAGCAGAAUCGAAACUCUAUUGUCCAAGCAGCUCAGCAGGCCCCCGAAGGGACAAACAGGACUCCAGUGUGUGCGCAUUGUAACAAGGUCAUCAAAGGUCGCUACCUUGUAGCUUUGGGCCGUUCUUGGCAUCCUGAAGAGUUUACCUGCAAUCAGUGUAAAACGGCCUUGACUGAGGGAGGAUUCUUUGAGGAAAAGGGCUCUGUGUUUUGUGGAAAAUGCUAUGAAAAUAAGCACGCUCCUAACUGUGCCAAAUGUAAACAGAAGAUCAUAGGCGAAAUUAUGCAUGCUUUGAAGCAGACAUGGCAUGUUAAGUGCUUUACCUGUGCUGCAUGCAAAACUCCAAUCCGCAAUAAAGCGUUUUACAUGGAAGAAGGUCAGCCUUACUGUGAGAGAGAUUAUGAAAAAAUGUUUGGUACAAAAUGCCAUGGUUGUGACUUCAAGAUCGAUGCUGGUGACAGAUUUCUUGAGGCUCUAGGGUAUAGCUGGCAUGACACCUGUUUUGUGUGUGCGGUAUGCCACACAAACUUGGAAGGCAAGACAUUUUAUUCUAAGAAGGAGAAACCCUUGUGCAAGAGUCAUGCCUUUUCAGCUGUCUAGUAGUUCAACACUGAUGAUGGUGACCAGAGAGCGCAAUAGAAACCUGGCUCAGACAAGCACAAUCCUUAUUAGGAAGCUUGGAAGAAGUCACAAAGAACUGAAGUCACAAAGGAAUUUUGGCUCUCUGAUGCAAUAAAAAAAAUAUAUGCAAUUCUUCAGAGGCAAUUAAUCACGCGAAACUGUUACAUGUGUAUUUCUCAAAGGGCCAAUUGUCUUGCUUAUCUUUCUGUUGUGCAUGUAAUCUAUAAAUUUUAAUUUACCUUUUAUUUCCAAAGGGAAAUGAGCUUAGUGGUAGCUAUCUUGGACAUCCAUUCAGUAUAACAAAUUUUCAGGCAUUUCAUCUUUAUCACUCUUUUGCACACAAUUACAUUGUUUAUUAUUUGUUCCUUAAGAAUGUUCUUACCAUGCAGUAUGAUUGUUUGAGUUAUAUUGCUACUUGUAAAACAAAAUCAAUGUCAGUAUUUACUCAUGAACUGUAGAACUUUGAUUGUUGCACCUGGAAAUUAGUUUGGAUGUUUGUUGAAGAUAGUAAUUAGAAAAAAACAAUUUAAAGUGUUGUGCUAAGGAGUAAGCCAAACAGUUUAUCAUAAGUUACCAAUUUGCAAUCACUGGUUUUGUAUGUAUAUUAAUUGCACUUGCAUCUCCCAUUACUCGCAGAAGGGAGAUUACAGAAAACGCUUAUAUUGGCUAAAGCUAUUUUUGGAAUGGAAGGAGAUGCCUUAACUUCAUAUAGUAUCUCUUCAUUACUUACACUUACUGCAUAUGUUUCUCUUCACCAUUCCAUUGGGUUAAUCACUGUAACAAUAAAUGAGGUGUAUUUUGUCACGUAUUUUUAGCUUUCAUUUCUGUUAGUUUGUCUGGCACCUGCUGAGAGCAGUGAUUUUGUUAACCGAGCAAGCUCCACAUAGGUUCCUGUGACCAGCACUUGUGCAGCCUGUUUUCAUUCUGGAGAAUGUUGUAUUAUGCAUGGAAAUUCAUUCCCUUGAUUUCAUUAGGAUUGACUUUGGAUUUGCAAUCUAAAAAAGUCAUGUGGUGCUGUAAGUGCAAUUGGCAAUCAAGGAUGAUUUUCCAGGCAACUAUACUCUACCAACUUAACAUGAUCAAUUAACCCUUUAAAAUAUUUUUUUAAAGUUACAAUGAUGUAAUAGCAGUGUUGAUGAAUAGGAAUGUUCCGUAUAGGCAUGUUUCUGGAGUUUAAGAGCUUUUCAUUGCUUGAUGUGCUGUUAAGAAGCCAAAAAUGUCCAUAGCUAUUUGGAAACAAGUUACUUUUAUAUCUAGAAAUAAAAUAGGACUUUUCAUUUUCAGGCUUCCCUUUCCGUAUAUAUUGAUGGGAAAUUUCAAAAGAUUUUUUAAGUAGCAAGCUUAUUGAAACUUUUUUCAAAGUUGAUAGAGUUAAGGGUACAUAUUGCCAUUGACAUCUGGAACCAGUUAUGUCCAGGGAGCUGUCUACCAAAGACCAAUUAAUAUUAGUGUUUAUUUUUGCAACAAAUGAUAGCUAAAUUAAAUGAAGCUGUGUGAAUUGAUUUGGAAUUUUUGUUGAUAGUUGAAGCUUGUUAUACAAUUUUAUUGCCAUAGAUGCUGGCUGACCUGCGAGUUUCUCCAGUAUGUAAUGCGUCGCUCUGGAUUUCCAGCAUCUUCAGAAUCUUGUGUUUGAGUUGCUUUUAGUGUUCAGGUUCAAUGCAAGUGCAAAAGUGCUGUAAUAAAGAACCUUGUCACAAAUCUUGCCUUGGUUUUGUAACUUAAUUCCAUGUUUAGACUUUAUUUUUUGCUUCUGUCACAAGUGUGGAUCUUCUA